AUGGAGGGUGAGAAGAAGGGCAAAUUACAGAUAGUCAAAGGAUUUGGACCUUUCAGUAAUUUUCAUAAAGUAUCACUAGUACAAAAAAAUGAACAAAGUUUUAUUUAUAGAUAUGAUGUACCUGUAAUAAUUUUCCAUUCAACGUGUAAUUCCACUCAUGGAACUAUAUUAAUAUCAGAUUUAACUAAAAUUGAUCAAAAGACAUGUUAUAGAUUUCAUUGUAGUCCUUGGAAUUCAAAUUUACCAACCUGUGAAUUAGAUUCUACAACAAUUUUUCCCAAUGAAUUAUUUACUACAAAUGUUGUAGAUAAAGAAUGGCAAAAGGAAGCAUUAGAACAAUUUUCUAAUGAUGAAAAUGUGGAUAAUAAAAUUGGAAUAGCAAGAUUAAAAUUUGAUUUAAGAGCAAGAAAUAUAAAGUUUCUUGAAGGACUUGCUUUUGAUUGUAAAUUAGUUGAUUCAAAUAAUAUUUAUGAAGUUAUGAAAGGGAUUGAAAACGAUUGUGUUAAUCUAUUGGAAAGACUUCAGUCAAAAGUAAGUGAGACAUAUUGGACAGAAUUAAGUACUAAAUUAAAUUUACAAAAUUUUAUCAACGAAAAGGGAGUUUCAAUGAGAGAAAUAUUAGAUACUCAAAGUUCCUUAUAUAAAGAAAGUCAAAGUUUUGAUGUAUCAAAUAAUGAUACUGUACUUCCUACACAAGUAACAAAUGGUUCCAUAAUCCAAGGACGAACAUCAACAGCACAAAAUGGAAUUUCAAAAAAACGUAAAUUAUUAAACAAUCAACAAUUACCACAAAUUCCACAAGAAAAUGAAGAUACUAGUGAUUUUGAAGGUAAUGAUCAAUUUAUAGUUAACUCUUCACAAAUUAAGAAAAAAAAGUUUACUGAUUUAUUAAAUACAUCAACUACAAUAUCUCAAGAUAUAAGACAUGAAAGAAAUAGUUUAAAUUUAGCUACACCACCUAAAUCCUCACCUUUAAGAUCUUCACAAUCAAAUAUUUCAUUUUCACCUACGUCGAAAUCAACUUCUGCUCAAGUGCAAAGUAAAUUAGAGUUUAAAUCAAUAAAAGAAUUAAAGGAAUAUUAUCAAGACCAUCGCCAAGUUAAUGAAUCACAAGUUAUAGUACUUAAGGCUAUUUUACGAGUUGAAAUGAAACCGAAAAAAGCUAAAAUUUACGAACCAAUAGAAAGAACUGUCAAAUUUUUUCAAUUUAAAAUACAUUUAAUAGAUACCCAGGGCCACGUACUAGUUAUUGAAUUUGAUAAUAUUAAAGAUCAAUUUAAAUUCUCAAAUGUUUAUCGUAAUCGUGAAGAAAGUUUGAUACUUGAUGAUUGUUAUGACAAUGUUUUAUCUACUUUAGAAAAUAAAUUUAAAGGAGGGUUCACGAAGAGAGAAGUUUUAAUUAGAAGAAAAUUUAGAUUGUCAAGUGGUGGUAUAAAAGACGUGUUCUAUGCUUUUGAGUCUUUAAAUACUUCACCAGGAUAUAAAUACGACUAA